CGUAUCCGCUUGGUGAGACAUGAGCUUGUAGAUGACGCUCUCGGGCUUGUACUGCCGGCCAAUUCGCGGCGCAGAGGCCCUGAGUUUGUCGACUUCUCGAUUGGUCAUAUUGGGGGCCAGUCCAGCCAUGUAGAGGUUCGAACUGCGUCUGCUUGUGCAGGAAGAAGAAGGUCUUUCUGUAGUAGCUGAGGUUGAGACCCGAGUUGUCUUGGCCGACUUUGGCUGCAUGUGGAAUGAAUCGCUUGACUGCUUUGCAGGGGUAUUUCCAGUGGCGGGCUUCGCAGGUUUAGUGGCGCCGGUCAGGACUCUGGUCCAGGCCGUCUUCCUGACGAUAUGCUCCUCUGUCUCUAAUAUUUUACAUGAUAAGGUUCAGAAUAUCAUAGGCGGGAAUAUGCACACACCGGUCACCUGCACAUGUUUACCCUCGGGACCGGGUGCAACUCUCUGUGAAGUCCUUUCGUGGCAGUCUGAGACUGCUGAGCUCUUUAUUGAUUGGAUAUACGAUAUAUUGGCCGGCUUAUAGAGAUGGUAAGAACGUCUUAUACUCAAGAUAAGCAGGUACAAGAUGUAAUGGAGGUUGGUG